AUGAGGCAAGCUUGUCACUUUGUUGAGAUUCUCUGGGUUUGAGCUUGGUGUGUGCGUCGCGAAAACCUCAUUUAUCAAUAAUAGCUCGUGCAGUUUAGUAUUAAAAGUAUAAAAUGGCAUCAGACAACUGCAUAUUCGGUGAUGGAAGCACUAAAUGUAGCCAGAACGUGUAGUAUUUGUGUGGAUUUCGUGGUGAAAAAGUGUUACAUUUUUCAUUUUACGCUCUUUUGUUUACCUUUGUGGGUUGUAAGAAAGUUUCAUUCAUUUCACCAAGAAGGAUAAUCGGCUUUUUCGUCUGCUGCCCCGAACUAAUUAGGGCUUAAUUCCUGGAGCAUUGAGUGUCUCGUGAGUAAGUGAGGUGUCGAGAAUAGAGAAGGAGUGUAGUAAGAAGUAACUCAGGUCAUUGGAAGUCCUUGGGCGAGUGAAAAUCGUAAACUGUAUAUCGAGUUGUUGAGCAGAGAGCAAGAAACUCAGGGCCGCAUUUGGAAUUCCGACUGAUCUUCAGGAAAAGAGGGUCACCGAGGUACUGCGACGUACAGCAUCAGUGGACAAGUGUUCUUUGCUUCUAUAACACGGAAACAACAGAAGAACGAUGCAGCGUUGGUGGUACAUUGAUGAUAGCAACAAGAGCGGCAAGAGUGAUGUGGCAACUUUUAGUGCUCCUCGGUCGCGGAUCAGCGCGCCACGUCAAUUGGACGACCGGAAGUGGACCUUUAAAGUUCACACUCCGCAGCAGCUUGGCAACAACAACGAGAUCGUGGCAAUUGCCGGAGAUUGCGAGCAGCUUGGCAAUUGGAAGCCCAAUGAUGUGUUCCCUAUGGAGAGGGUCGAAGGAAGUGAUAUCUGGGCCGCUGUUGUGGACAUUCCUUCUCAACGUGUUAUCAACUAUCGCUAUUUGAUUUGCGCUGUCGAUCCGGCCACUCAGAAUGUACAUGUGCGACAAUGGGAGACUCACCUUACUGCCAGGAGCAUUCCUGCCUUCACGGACACCUUGGAGUCGUUCGACACGUUUGGUGACAUUGGCGGAACGUAUAAAGUUGACAGAGGAUGGCUGACCACAGAGACUAUCUUCCAAUUCUCCUUCUACAAUAAUCCAUUCAUGCUCACGGGAAAGGCAAAGAACAAAUUGAUAUACGUAAAGUUGACUCCAAUGAAUUUGCGUGUAAGCUCUGAGGCCCAAGAUAUUGCUGCCGUUCUUGAAGAAUCGCUGUCGAAUGAUACCCGUGAAAAUGGCACAGAACAGCCAGCAUACGCCUUCACGGAAUGCGUAUCACUGCAAAGCGAUGAGGCCAAACUAGAGCCGCUCUCGCAAUUUGGCCGCGCCUAUCAUCCGGAUGAUAUUUUAAUGUUUCACGUUACAGUGACGGAGCCCGAGAAUGUGGCCUAUUUAAUCGAUUUGUAUACAUACAGUUCUAGGACAUGCCAGGAAGAGCCGCCGCGACAUGUUGGUUAUCACUAUAUAUUGCCUAAUUUGUUGAAGAAAUCCGAAGGGCAAUUGGAGUUGUCAGUGACAUGCGCCUCCAAGCAUCGCCCGCUCGGCAUGAUGAGAGUGGAGUAUGUGAAGAUAACGCCAUUCGCGCCGCAAAAGCUGAAUUUGAAGACGUCAUACGUAAGACACUGGAAUCCCAAGUGGAAGGGCUUGGAAAUUGGACACCGCGGCUCAGGCACGAGUUUCAAGUCGAAGGACGGCAAUCUCAUAAGGGAGAAUACAAUCGCCUCGCUGAAAAAGGCUGUGGCGCAUGGAGCCGAUAUGGUGGAAUUUGACGUGCAAUUGAGCAAAGAUCUCGUGCCCGUGAUUUAUCAUGAUUUCUCUGUGUACGUGUGCCUCAAGAGGAAGAAGCAAAUUGAUACUAAUGACAUGCUGGAAUUGCCAAUGGGCGAUCUGACACUGGAGCAAUUGAACAAUCUCAAGGUGUACCAUGUUGAGGAAGGAAAAUCACGUGAGCCGCGCUUCUUCGAUGAGGAUUUGGAGGAGCAUCAGCCAUUUCCAACGCUGGCCAAAGCCUUGGAGACAAUCGAUCCUCACGUGGGCUUCAAUGUGGAGGUGAAAUGGUCAAUGCGCUUCUCAGAUGGCACACGCGAGAGUGACUACAUGACGGACAAGAAUCUGUAUGUGGACGCUAUUUUGGACGUGGUUCUCAAUCAUGCAGCAACACGGCGGAUUGUCUUCUCAUGCUUUGAUCCCGACAUUUGCACGAUGCUGCGCUUCAAGCAGAACUUGUAUCCAGUGAUGUUUCUCACGUGCGGCGACACAGCCAAGUAUCCAAAGUAUUACGAUCCACGCUGCAAUUCUCAUGGUAACGCCAUUAAGAAUGCCUGUGCGAUGGAGCUCCUGGGAAUAGUGGGGAAUUCUGAAGAUUUACUGAAGAACCAACAAUCGAUUCAGCAGACCAUCGACAACGGUUUGAUAAUUUUUUGCUGGGGCGAAGAGAAUAAUUGCUCCAAUACGAUUCGACACCUGAAGAAUUUAGGACUUCAUGCCAUUAUUUAUGAUAAGAUGGAUGUGUUUUCAACCAAAGAACGGAAGGAGAACAUCUUUUUAUUGGAGGCUCGCGAAUCCCAGAAUGAAUUGCUGCAGAAUAUUCACGAGGAGAAGCGCAAAGACAUAUUGGAUAAACUGGUUUCUGCCAAAUAAAUAAGAUCUCUAACAUUUUUAAAAAUAAUGUGCAAAUCUUGUCUUGAGUAAUAUUUCAUAAGAUAGUGGAGGAUUGAAUAAAAUUUGCAUAAGGAGUUUUACCAAUUACUAAAAAUUGACCGCUGAAAAUUACUUUUUAUCUUUUCUCGUUGUUGUAAAAUGGAAUUAUAUAAGAGAAGCAAAUGACGAUAUUUAUUUCAAAAUAAACAAUAUUUUACCUCAUAUUAGUGUUAAGGUAAAGUGGUAAUUUGAUAUGGAGUUCUAUGAUGGUUUGCGGUAAUGUUUCUGGAAAAUAAAUAUAAGAUAGAGAUAA